GGAACUAUUCUACAUUGAAGUGCAAGUGCAUGUGCCCACUUAUAAGGCAACACGUGUCCGCUGGCGCCCCGAUUCGUGAACUUUUCCAUGUGAUUCCAAAGUUACAUUUUGGGAAAUAUGGUCUAGCUCGAAAUAGCAGUGUAUUUGUUGAGCCAUCUGUUCCCUGGACGGACAAUCCAAGUAUUGUAUUUUCGUCAACUGCUUUGAAACACCAUUGGGGGGCGAUACCUAUAAUUCUUAUUACCGCCAUUGGCUUUUCAUUAGAACUGCUCGCGAUAUUGCGAUUGGCUGCUACUCGUGAUGAUGUUUGGUAUACUAACGGCUCCGCAGCGUGUGAAUUUAUCGAGACCCGUAGAGGCUAUCAAGUUCCUAUACGAAAGUUCGUGGUGUUUAAUCAGAAGUAUCAGAAUCCGCCAGGUCUCUUAGCGGCUAUACAAGGAGAUGUAGAUGGGCCAGAAUAUUGUCCUCCAGGCGACAAGUGUGAAAAGAAGGGAGUCAAUGCCAAAAUUUUGGCCGCCCAUGCGGUCGUCGGAAUAGCCGCAAUGUGUGCGAUAUUUGCCUUUUAGCCACAUUAACGAAAUUGAAACCCGCUAAAUUGCCUACUAACUAAUUUAAAUAAAAUUUGUGCGCACAUCACUUACAGCCAAAGACAGUAAAAAAAAAAAGAAGAAGUAAGCGAUGUUUACCGAAAGUCAGCCAAUAUUUAUAAGUAGUGGACUGUUGCGAUCGAAAAGUGAAAAUCAUUUCGAGGAAAGCUAGUUCGUCGCUGUCACAAAAAGACUAAAUUUGAUGUAAACAAGAAAAGAAAAAUAACUUUAAAUUUUUAGUGACAUUCAUAGACGCCAAUAAAUUUUACAAUUUA